GGAUAUAGAUACACACGCUUUGCUGACCAAAUGACUUAUGUUCCUAUAAUACACUGCCUAAUCAUUACAGCAAGCUGCCUAGACUUAACGAGCUAAAAGUAUGCUGCACGAGAACAGAACCAAGGCUGCACACAGGUGGCCUGCAUCAUGCAAAGGAGGACAUGUUCCUCUGUGGAAUGCAGUAAGCAAGGACGGAGGACACCAAGACCUGGCACAGUCACAAUCCAUCAAAAGCAACAGCCCACUUUGUAGAGACAGAUGUUCGUGUGUGAUAUGUAACUGCCCUUGUUAAACUUCAAUAAAAGACAGGCAAAAGAGGAAGAGAGUCAGAGCUCACUGGUGAGAAGCAGACUGCGGAGUCUGCUUACGGAGUGAUGCUCUCCUUCUAUAGAAGCCUAUUGUAUUAAUACAUAUCUGUGUCUGUGAAGUUAUUGCUAUCUAUUUCAGAGAAGAAGUCCUCACCUGGGAGUGCACCUUGGAAGCACGACAAUUGGGGGCCCGUCCGGGAUAAAAACAAAAAGAGGAUUCUUCAAAUUGGUUGGAAAAGUUCGGUCCAAGGGUGAAAGGUUGCGUUGAACAUCUGGCGCCAUAAAUAAGGUAAGCAGACCAUUAUUCUGCAUUGACUAUUCUAAAUCAAGGGUGUUCAACGUCUUAGUAACCCACAGACCGCUAAAAUUAAUUAAUUAAAUACAUAGUGACAACUUCCAUUUCUAUAAAGGUACAGGAAAUAUGGUAUGGUUUAUGGAACAAAUAUGAGGAAAUAUUUGUGAAAGUCUGAGUUUGGCAACUCCACCCGUGUCCUGACGAGGAGCGGUUUUGGCUGGGUUGAAACACCCGAGAAUUGAGACAUCUUAAAAACAAAAAGGUUAAGUUAAGGUUUAUAAGGGUAAGUCCUCCAUAGUAGAGGUAAGUCCCAGGUAAUUGUAGGGGUAAGUCCUCCAUAGUAGAGGUAAGUCCCCCGGGGUAAGUCCUCCAUAGUAGAGGUAAGUCCCCCGGGGUAAGUCCUCCACAGUAGAGGUAAGUCCCCAAAGGAGUUGAAGUCUCCUAGGUAUGACUGGUGAACGAUUGUAUUAUUGAACCAUUUCACACUAUUUAGGUGAUAUGACAAAAUAAUCCAAUGUUCACAUGACUUGUUGGUUUUGGUGUCAGACAAUUGAGCUAGUUCGAUUGUCCAAAGGCUGAGAACCAGGGUAUAGCGAGCCAUAGAUCUCAGCUGGCCAAAAUCAUAGGGAAACUUGAUUUUGGUGUCAAAUAGGAAUAUUACUUUCCUGUUUAAGGGUUGAGAACCAGGGACAUAGUGUCCCAUAAAUCUCAACUGGCCACAAUCAAGGAUUAAAAAAAAAAAAAAAUAAUGAUGAAAAAUUGACUCAUCCAAAUUAAGGGUAAUGCAUGAAUGAUCAAUGUGUAUGAAUGCUAAAUAGAAGCAAUUGAAGCAGCAGCACUGCCUGAAACCUGACGGUGUUAACAUAAAGCAGUGGCCUGUUGAAGUAAAUUGUGGAUAUUUAGAUCAAGGGAUUUUCUGUGUGGCAAUUUAGGAAAUAUUAAGUGUGUGGCAGUUUUGAAUAAAUAUUUCUGGCAAAAUUAAUAAACAUACCUUGGCAAAUUCAUAAACACUAGUGUCACUAAUUAAAGAAAAUGGACGGGGAAUUCGACAGAGAGAUAGACGAUGGGGGUUGGGGAAUUAAAGGACCAUAUAAGCCAGUUGGGGAGCAGUUAGAAGUAAUGGAAAAAGCAGUGAAAGCGGCCUAUGGGACAGGGAAGGAGGCAGAGGAUAUGAUGAUACAAAUGAAGAAAGAUGUUAAUCAGAUACUGACCGAUCAGGGAGAAAUUACUAAAUGCACAGAUCCACUGUUAGCAGCAUUUUGGAGACAGGAAAAGAGAGCAGGUCAGGAUCAGGAAGAAGCACAGAAAGAUGUGAAAACAGGAAGUUGGUUGAAAAAAAAAAAGGCAAAGCUAAAGACAGGAGAGACAAAGCAAAUCAAGAUAGAAAGAAAUGGGCACAAUGGGCGCUAUUAUGGCAAGGAGUAAAACAUUUGAUGGUGGAAGAACCAGGGCAGAAGCAACAACAACAACACCCACCACCUUACUCCCCUCCGCAACCCACCACAGGGCUGUACCCAGUGUUUGAUGUUAAGGAAGGGAUAGUGGAAGUUACAGGGCUAGACAAGCCUCGCGUUCCCUCCGCCCCACUAGCAGGCAAGAGCCAAACAGGUGAAGGGGAGGAGCUAGAUGGAUGGCAGUUGAGGAGGAUCCGGAGGAGUGCGGAGGGGGCGGCGACAAGGGAGGUAGCAGCAAGCAGAGCGAAAGGGUAGGUAAGCAAUACAGCGGAAGUGACAGAGACGACAAAGGGACAACAUUAUCUGAAUGGGCAAGAGGGGAAUUGGAGAGAGAAAGAGAAAAAGAGAGGUUAAGGUGGGGUAAUGAGCAGAGUCGGGACAGAGAGGAAAGGGGGGCAGGUAAGCCCAGGGACAGGAAACGAGCGGGCUCCAAGCAAGGGACAGGUACGGAUUCGGAAGAGGAGCCUGACUCCGACGCAGAACGAGGGGAGGUCACAAUGACCCUUACAGGGAAAUGGAGGCCUGACCAACCAAGCAGACACUAUUAUUUACGUAAGCGUCAAGGAAAAGCCUAUGAGCAACCCGUCAGGGAUCGUAAGGGAAAGACAGGCAAGGGAGUAGAGCUAGAAGAAGGAGAAAAGACAGAGGAGGAGAGUGAGGAAGAACUUGAGGAAGGACAGGAUGAGGGGAAGGGAAAACAACCGGGUUUAUGGGUCCCCUUUUCAGAGUGGGGGCCCAAGAUAAGUAUAGACCAUUUGCUAUGGGUGAUCUGCAGGGCUUAGUCGAUAAACUUCCCCCGAUAGCAGAGGGUGGAGGUAACUGGCUAGGAAAAUUAGAAGGAUUAACAGCAGGCUAUAAAUUAGCCCUAGGAGACUUUAGGGCCAUAACGCACCGCUGUAUGCUAGCAACCGAUGUGAGGGAACUAGAGACAGGAGCAGGUACACUCACCCUGGCAGAUUCCGUCCCCUUCACCCGCGUAUCCACCGCUAUAGGCAAACAUCUGAGGGACAGAUAUCCCAUUUCCAAGGCUGCUGCCAUCCCUAAAUUCAAAUGGGACGCUAAACAAAACCCUAGGGAUUUCCUAGACUAUUGCAAAGAAAAAUGGAUAAAUCAGACAGGUUGUCACCCUGGUAAACCAGGAGUACAGCAAGAGUGGUACAGAACUGCGGUGCUUAAGGGAGUUCCAGAACCAGUUAAACAGGCUAUUGAGGAAAAUCCAGACAUGAUUGGUGCAGACUCCACUAAGUGGGAACGCCACAUAAUUUUCCACAUGACACGCGCUCAAGACAACCAAGACACAGAGGAAUCUGGCCUUAAAGAGCUUCAGGCUCAACUGCUCAAAAUACAAUUAGCUGAGGCUAGGCAAAAGAUUAAUGAGGGAAAGAAAGACAAGGACAAAAAAGGCAGACAUGUCAUGGCUUUAACUGCAGGGCCCCCCACUCCUGACCUUUUCCCCAUUCCUGACUGGAUCCCAGCCCCUCCACACACACAACCACAAUCCUAUGCCCAACCCCCACCCUAUAGGCGGGGUCCUCCCCAAUGGCAACAAAAUAGUGGGAGGGGAUAUGGGAGAGGAGGAGGGAGACCAGGGAGGGGGCGGGGAGGCCCGCCCCGAGGGCGAACUCCAGGAGCCUGCUUUGUCUGCGGUCAAAUGGGACAUUGGUCUAAGGAGUGUCCACAGCGAGGGGGUCACCAAGGGGGAAGGGGUUACCAGCAAAGGGGUCCAUACCAGCCACUGCAGGGACCACCGACAGGGCCACCCCAAGCACAAUUCCAGAUGACUGAAUGGAACUGGGCUGGCUGGGAGCCAGGUCAACAACAGCCACAAUGACACUCCCUAGCAGAG